AUUGAAUGGAAGUGUAGAAAAAGAAUUUUGAGGAAUGUUCUAAGUGUACUGGUGGGCGCGAGUGCUACUUGCGGAGCGUUCUUGUAUUUCCUAGACCAAUCGGUUCAGGCAAUGGGCCGUGACGCGCACCCGCCCAAUUAUCCCUGGGACUUUGACGGAUUUUUCACAUCUCUGGAUCACUCGGCCAUACGGCGGGGUUGGCAAGUCUACAAGACCAUAUGUUCCACUUGUCACAGCUUGCGCUACGUACGAUUCAUGGAUCUGGUCGACGUGUCACAUACGAAGGACGAGAUCAAGGCUAUUGCCGCCGAGUAUGAGAUUCAAGAUGGACCUGACGAAGAGGGAAAUUACUACAUGAGACCUGGAAAGUUAUCUGAUUUAUUGCCACCUCCUUUCCCAAAUGAGGAAGCGGCAAAAGCGGCCAAUUUCGGUGCAUACCCACCAGAUCUGACCUACCUGAUUUUUACCAAAUAUAAUGGUAAAAAUUACAUAUUUUCUUUUCUGACGGGUUGGAAGGAACCGCCGGCAGGUAUAUCUUUAAGCGACCACCAAUAUUUUAAUAUCUACUUUCCUGGAAAUGUACUCAAUAUGCCACAGUCCUAA